GUUCCGACCCCAUCCAUUUGUCGUAUUGCUGACCUCGUGCACGCCUGGCCGGCCAGAGCAAAGGCAGCCAGCCAUUAUAGCGCAGAGCCGGUAGAGGGAUCAAUCGUGGUUGGCUUGGCUAUGGCCGCGAAGAAGAUCGUGCUGAAGCUGGACCUGCGAGAUGACAAGGAGAAGCAGAAGGCGCUCAAAGCAGUCUCCACUCUCCAUGGUAUCGACUCGAUCGCCGUGGACAUGAUGCAGCAUAAACUUACGGUGGUCGGCUCCGUCGACCCCGUCGACAUCGUAAAUAAACUGCGCAGGCUCUGGCCCGCACAAAUCCUCUCCAUCGGGCCGGCCAAGGAGGAGAAGAAAGAGGGCGACAAGAAGGACGGCGCCUGGGAGAAGAAAAACCAGGAGGGGGUGGCGCAGCAGCUCCCGGCCGAAGAGGGCGGUAUGGCACUGGCAGAGUUGCCCUCGAGCGCUGUAGCCCCGCCGACCAGGAUCAGUCGCGGGCCGAUGUACCCAGGCGUGCCCUCCUCCCGUACAGCCGCCCCGACCGCCGCCGGAUUUGGAGCCGCCGCGGGCGUCCCGGGCGCCGGCGCCGCCGCCGAGGUCUCACUCCCCGACCACGAGCCUCCGGCGCUGCCCCUGGUCGGCCGGUCCUCCCGUUCGGCGCUUCCGCCCCGGGGGGGUUGCGCCGCCGGUCACCUCUGGCGGCUGCCAGAGCUCGCUGAGGUGGUAGAUCCGCCCCGCCCAGCAGAGGGAUCAAUCCUGGUUGGCUUGGCUAUGUUCGUGAAGAAAAUCGUGCUGAAGCUGGACCUGCGAGAUAACAAGGAGAAGCAGAAGGCGCUCAAAGCAGAUUCGACUCUCCGUGGUAUCAACUCGAUCGCCAUGGACAUGAUGCAGCAUAAACUGACGGUGGUCGGCUCCGUCGACCCCGUUGACGUCGUAAGCAAGCUGCGCGGGCUCUGGCCCACGGAAAUCCUCUCCGUCGAGCCAGCGGAGGAGAAAGAUGGCGACAAGAAGGACGGCGACUGGGAGAAGACAAACCAGGAGGGGGUGUUCAAGCCGCUCGUGGUCUACCCUCCGUGGUACACGCCGUACCCCGUGGACAAGAAAGAGAUGCAGUUCAUAUCUCAACUAACCAGUAUGUUCACUGAACAUGAGCAGCAACAUUCUUCUCUUUAUAGCGAUCUGAAGGCCUGGGUUGCCAUGGGAAAGCAACGGCAAAAACAAGAACUCCACCAUACAUGUGUGCAACAGGCUAUUCCUCAACUUCAUGGCAGAGACAAUAUUAGAAAAAUUAUAACAGAAGAUAUAUUGUUGAACAGAAAUGAUGGGAACAAUUGUACUGUUAUUUGCAUAAAAUCUGACAGUGGUCUUGGCAAGACUGCACUGCUUCACGUCCUUUACAAUGACCAGCAAUUGUUGGAUGCUUUUGAAACGAGGAUAUGGAUACAGAUGUCUGAUAAAUUUGAUAGAGAAACGUUAUUUAGGAAGACAAUUGAGCUUGUCACGCAUGUUCACUGCAGAAUCAACAACCUCAGUUUUCUCGAAGAAAUGGUUAAAGAGGUACUCGCUGAUAGGAAAUUCUUUCUUUUCUUGGAUGAUGCAGACAUAGAGGACGAACACUUUUGGACCAAUGUGUUAGAAGUUCUAAGUGCCGGUUCAAAGGACAGCGUUAUUGUUAUAGCUACAAGGUGUGACACUGUUGCUUCUCUUACUGGUGGAGCAAUGCAUUCCUAUUGCUUGGAUUUUUUAUCCCAAGAAAAUAACUUGAUGCUUCUCCAAAUGUAUACUUGUGAGGGCUAUGAUAUUAAGAGUAAUCCUGAAUUAAUGACACUUGCUGAGAAGUUCAUUGCCAGGUUUGGGGCCAAUCCCCUAAACUUGAGGGCACUUGGUGGUCUUCUGUGCCAUACAGAUACAAUUCUACUGGAACAGGAGAAGUUGGAAGAAAACACGCUGCCAUGUUUACAGCUCUGUCAUGAUGUUUUACCCAAACAUCUCCAGAAUUGCCUUGCAUUUUGUUCCUUGUUCCCUAAAGGCUACAUAUUUGAUAAACAUCAUACAGUCCUCCUAUGGCUCUCUCGAGGCUUUGUCGUGCCUAUCAAAGGGCAAGAACCUGAAGAUGUAGGAGUUGAAUAUUUCAAUGAGUUGCUGUGCAGAUCAUUCUUUCAAUACUCACCUUCUCAUGAUUAUAAAGACGAAAAGUUUGUGAUGCAUGAGCUUAUUUACAAUGUGGUGGUGUCCGUUUCCCGUGACAAGUAUUUCAGGAAUGAGGAUCUCCUGAGCAGCAUACCUGAAAAUAUUUGUCAUUUGUCAUUCGUUGCCUCUCAAUUCCAGAAUGUUCAACUGAUGUCCAAAACAGAGGAGUUGAAGGAUUUGCAGACAUUUCUGGUGGUGCAACCUGAGUGGCAACAGUACAAGACUUCUUUUGUUGGUUUAGACAAUUUCUUUCUGAAAUUCACGUCGUUAGAGACACUAGAUUUGAGCCAUACUGACAUGGAAGAGCUUCCGGGGUCCAUUGUUGGCCUGAGAAACUUGCAGUUCUUAUCUCUCAACAACACAAGCAUCAGGACACUUCCUUCUGAGCUCUGCAGUCUCAACAAUCUGCAGACACUGGAAGCGAAAGAUUGCCGCUUCCUCACUGUGUUACCUGGAGAAACAAAGAAGCUUCUUAAGCUGCGCCAUCUUAAUGUGACGAAAGAACUGGGCUACGUUCGCAUACCACAUGGAAUUGGACAGCUGACUGAGCUCCAGACGUUGCCAGUCUUCCAUGCCAGCGCUGAGUCGUCAUACUGCUCCAUAAGUGAGCUGGGAAACCUGCACGGUCUGAGGGGUUGCCUUCAGCUUGCAGGACUUGAGAGUGUCAAAACUUGCAGCAAGGCACAGGACGCAAGCCUGAAGGUUAAGCAGCACCUCCGGGAGUUAACACUGCAAUGGCAUGACGAUGGCUUUGACACUGACGUCCACGACGAAGAAGUAGAAAAUGUGGCUGAGCAGGUUCUUGAAAGCCUCCAGCCGCACGCCAACCUCCAAGAGCUUGCCAUUAGAGGUUACGAAGGUGGUGCAUUUCCUGCUUGGAUUCAGGGCUCUUCUUCGUUGCCCAGCUUAGUCUCGCUCACACUCGACAGCUGCUACAAUUGCACCCAGUUUCCCGCCCUUGCCCAGCUGUCAUCACUGAAGUUUCUGAGCGUAAGGAAGAUGUAUGAAGUGCAAAGGCUAAGCGGCGACGUACAAGGUGCUACCAAAUUCCCAUCUUUGGAGCUGUUGAACCUGUGGGAGAUGUACGGGUUGGAAGAGCUGUUUGAGAUAUCUGAAGGUGACUGCCCUAGGCUGCGCAAAGUCUGUAUCAGUAGGUGCCCAGAACUGAAGAGGCUGCCCUGCGCUCCUUCUGUGGCAGAGUUGAUUCUCCAUUACUGCCAUCAACUCCCUGACAUCCCGGAGCUCGCGUCCCUGGUAUCACUGAAAAUUGAAGGUUUCCACAGCGUCAAGUCGUUUAACCUGCCACGAUCACUUCCGGUGUUGAAGAAAUUGGAGAUCAGGUCUUGCAGUGAGCUCUCUUCGGUGCACGGGUUGUCGGCACUUACUACUAUUCAGAGGCUGAAGAUAGAAGGAUGCCCCAACCUAGUUUUGCAAAGGAUUAAUAGCCCGACAACCUGAAGGAAAUAAGCUGAUAUUCGGUUCAUCUAUAGAAAGUUAGGUGCUUGUUUCCUCGUCUUCCUUCCUUCCUAUGAAUUGUAUGACAAUGCUGCUAUCGAUCAUGUAGCAAUUGAUAUAAAAGACUUGUUCGAGCAAAAGAAAAUUUAUUAAUUUA